CGACUGAAGUCAUAACUUCAUGACCUUUGAUCACAUGGUUUUUGUAAAGUUCAUGCAGUCGUCAUCUGUAGUCGGAAAUCGGAAAUGUUUUAUUCCCACAAUGCAACACACACACAAGGCGUUGACCUGACAAAAGUGAUCUGCUCGACGCGCCCUGUGUUUCACCCGCUGUUUCACUGACUGACGAGGCUCCACACUUGUGUUUAGGGACCCGUCAGCCAAGGCUACUCAUCUUCCAGGGGUCAGAAAUGGAGACUUUUAAUUAUAAACUAAACAUGUACAUAGACUCAUGGAUGGGUCCCAGAGAUGAGCGGGUACAGGGAUGGCUGCUUCUGGACAACUACCCUCCAACCUUUGCACUAACAGUCAUGUACCUGCUGAUCGUAUGGAUGGGGCCCAAGUACAUGAGACACAGACAGCCGGUGUCUUGCCGGGGUCUCCUCUUGGUCUACAAUCUGGGCCUCACGAUCUUGUCCUUCUAUAUGUUCUAUGAGAUGGUGUCUGCUGUGUGGCACGGGGAUUAUAACUUAUUUUGCCAAGACACACACAGUGCAGGAGAAACCGAUACCAAGAUCAUAAAUGUGCUGUGGUGGUACUACUUCUCCAAGCUCAUAGAGUUUAUGGAUACCUUCUUCUUCAUCCUACGGAAGAACAACCAUCAGAUCACGUUUCUGCACAUCUACCACCAUGCUAGCAUGCUCAACAUCUGGUGGUUCGUCAUGAACUGGGUGCCCUGUGGUCACUCCUACUUUGGUGCCUCCCUGAACAGCUUCAUCCAUGUCCUGAUGUACUCUUACUAUGGGCUCUCUGCUGUCCCGGCCUUGCGGCCCUAUCUAUGGUGGAAGAAAUACAUCACACAAGUACAGCUGAUUCAGUUCUUUUUGACCAUGUCCCAGACGAUAUUUGCAGUCAUUUGGCCAUGUGAUUUCCCCAGAGGGUGGCUGUAUUUCCAGAUAUUCUAUGUCGUCACACUUAUUGCCCUUUUCUCAAACUUCUACAUUCAGACUUACAAGAAACACCUUGUUUCACAAAAGAAGGAGUAUCAUCAGAAUGGCUCUGUUGCUUCAUUGAAUGGCCAUGUGAAUGGGGUGACACCCACGGAAACCAUUACACAUAGGAAAGUGAGGGGGGACUGAAUCUUGAAUACUGUUACAAUCCUAACUGUAGGACAUAUCUACUGUAUGUAAUGUCGCUAGGAGAGAAGGGAUAAUACAUUUCUUCAUGAGGAUUACUAAUGAAGAAAUGUAUUAGAAGAGUCUAAGCUAGUUAAUUCACAAAAGACAAGGCGUGUUUAUCUGAAAGAGAUUCCUAACAUUUUGCACACCGCAACCUGUUAUUAUUCAUAUUGAAUCAAAGUUCAUUAGAGUUUCUAAACAAGCAUAGCAUAGGGAGUAAACUACAGCACAGUAACCCCAGAGACCCACUUCAUUUUAAUGCUGCACGAGAUGUUCAACUUUGUCUGUCUUCAGUGUGGUGGGGACAAAGCUUUAAUCAACCUUGACCCAUACAGAAAUAAUAACUUAUUUUCUAUGUUUUAAUUCACAACAUAUGCACUUGUCUACAUGCUUGUCCAUGAGGGAAAAAAAUAUAUUUUGGGGAUUCUGUUUUGUAAAAGGUACUAUAUCUGUUUUUUUUCUCUCAAUAUAUUUUCUGUCACUAUAUUUUAUUUGACCACAAGGUCAUACAAUCAUUUAUAAGUAUGCAAAAUAGUUGCUUCAAAAAAAUGCAUUAAAAUACACAAGCUGUACAAUAUCAACAUAAAUAAUUAGAUACUGAUUUGUGUUCCAAAAUGGCUUUGCAUACAAGAAAGGAAAGAUAAAAAAACAAACAGGAUUGUCACUCAUGGCUGAGCAUUAUUACCUAACAUACCAGUAAUAGAUAGUGAUCUUUUUCUUUUUUACACUGUGUCCGUAUCAUUCCCACCCUCCCUUCCCAAUGUUCCUCAAGGAUUUUCUUUUCUUUGUAUCCUCUUAUUGAGGUUCCCGUCAUGAGUAUAUACACACUAGUACAAAUCUAAACUCAGGUACAUAAUCAAUCUGACACCGGUUUCGGUUUCAACAAAAGAAAGAAGUUUGCCAUGUCUUAUAAAAUAAAGUUGUGGAUCCAC